AUGAUGGCGUCCGACGAGGACAAUUUUGACAUUGACAUCUACGGUGAUGGGGAGAUUGAUAUGGGAAAUGAUGGGAAUAUGGACUACAAACAAGAAGACGAAGAGGCUAGUUUCGCAGUAGAUGCGGAGAAUGGCCAUCUUGCAGAAGAGACCGCAGAAUCGAAGGCCGAGCCAGAACAGGAACCAACACCUGCACAAGCACCUCCACGCCAGGUCAAAACAGAAGACCGCCCGCCCAAAGCCGGCGUAAUUGCAGACAAGCAUACACCAGCUCCAACACAAGGCGUAAAGCGGAAAGAGACGUCGGAUGAAAGACCUGUUGACCAUGGUGCCACGAAUGCGCUCAUGAUCUCAGAUUUGCAUUGGUGGAUCACAGAGGACGAUAUUCGAGGCUGGGCUAAUGAAGCAGGAGCCGAAGAUGAACUGAGAGAGAUAACAUUCAGCGAACAUAAAGUGAAUGGCAAAAGCAAAGGCCAAGCAUAUCUCGAAUUUUCUUCGCCUCAAGCAGCAACUGCAACCAAGCACGAAAUCGAAUCCCAAGGCGGCACUCAAGCUAGUUCCCGAAAGCACUCGGUUGUCUUUACGAAUGCGACACAAAAUCCCUUCAAGACUCUUCCCAAAGAUGCACCUGUGAGAGCAAGAGACGACAGACCCGCGCGAGGUGGCACUUUCAAUUCCGGACCACGCGGAGAUACCGGCUAUGGAGGUACCCAAGGUUUUCGCGGCAACCGCGGCGGUGGCUUCAGUCGUGGUGGAUAUGGAGGACAUGGCCAGUACAACCGCAACUUCUCCGGACCCAUGGGAGGCUACAGCAACAGCAACAACCACAUGGGCUUCCAAGGCAACAUGGGUAUGAACAACAAUUAUGGAGGCUUCAAUCGAGGUGGCAUGAUGGGUGGUCCUAUGAGAGGGAACAUUGGCGGUAUGAGAGGAGGUCGAGGUGGUAUGAACAAUAUGAUGCCCAUGGGCGGGAUGGGGAUGGGUAAUAUGGGAAUGAAUCCUAUGAUGGCCGGGAUGGGUAUGCCAGCUUUUCAAGCAAAUCAAUUCAACCCCGGAAUGUUCAAUGCAGGACAAGGCCAAGGCUUUGGUGGUGGUGACUGGAACCAACACGGAGCUAAGCGACAACGACAAGACUGA